AUGCCUACCAUCUUUGUCUGCGGCGCUACAGGUGCCCAAGGAGGUGCCAUGGUCAACAACCUCCUUAAAUCCAACAUGAAAGCACAAGCUAUCGCCCGUGAUCCUUCAUCCAAAGCGAGCCAAGCUCUCCAAUCAGCCGGUGCCACCCUCUUCAAAGGUGACUUUGACGACGAAGACUCUCUUCGCCAAGGUAUGAAAGGAUGCACCGGCCUGUUCCUCAACCUCAAGCCCGACCUUACCGACAUAUCGCGGGAGCUUGUUCAAGCAAAGCGAAUUCUCUCCGUCGCCAAAGAAGUCGGCAUCCAACAGGUUGUCUACUCGAGCGGAUUUGCCGUUCCCGAACCCCAGCGCCUCCGUUACUGGGAUCCCAAUAGCUUUGUCGCGAAUAUCCUUUUAAGCAAGCAAGCCGUUGAAGCGGAGGUACGCAGCGCUGGAUUCAAAACUUGGACAAUCAUUCGUCCUGGAAGCUUCAUGGCCAAUAUGCUUCCGCCACAUGUGCACAUGAUGUACGCUGGGUUGGUGGAUAAGGGCGAAUUUGCAACAGCUCUGACUCCCGAGACUGUUCUUCCCAUGAUCGAUACGAAUGAUAUUGGGAAAUUUGGAGCAGCCGCGUUUGGGGAUCCGGAUAGGUUUCACGAGAAGGAGUUUGAGAUCGCUUCGGAGUUAUUAGGGAUGGAUGAUCUGGUGAAGUCGCUCUCUAGAGCUACCGGUCGUCACCUGAAGGUGAACUACCUGGCGGAGGAUGAAGUCGACCGUCAGAAAGCGACAAAUCCAUUUCUUGCUGGACAACAGUUUGCAAGGGACAUGGUUCAGUUUGUGGAUAUGGACGAAGUGCGGGCUUGGGGGAUUCCUUUGGGGACCUUCGAGCAGUUUUUGGAGAGAGAGAAGGAUCGUGUCGCUCAGGCAUACUGUGUUUAG